AUGGGCGACUACUUGGACGACAGUAACCUUGCGAACAAGCAGCUCAAGGGCGACGACUUUACCGGCUCCUUCGACGACCUUGAGCUCGCCAGCGUCAACAUCAAGGCUGUCAUCCGCAAGUGUGAUAUUCGCAUCAUCCCCUGGGUGGCAUUCCUCUACCUCCUUUCCUUCCUCGACCGCUCCAACAUUGGAAAUGCCAACAUUUUCGGUCUCUCCAAGGAUCUUGGGCUCGACUCCAACCAGUACGCGGCAGCACUGGCCUGCUUCUUCAUCUUCUACGUCCUGUUCGAGGUGCCAAGCAACAUUGUUAUGAAGGCCUGGAGGCCGUCAAUGUGGAUCCCCAUCAUCAUGAUUUCGUGGGGUAUCGUGAUGAUUGGCAUGGGCUUUGUCCAGAACUUUGCCGGUCUCUUGGCCACCCGUAUCCUUCUCGGUGUGACAGAGGCGGGUUUGUUCCCCGGUAUCGCCUUCUUCCUUACCCAGUGGUACCGCCGCUUCGAGAUUUCGUUCCGUGUGGCGCUCUUCUUCUCGGCUGCGACCAUCGCCGGCGCCUUUGGUGGUCUUCUUGCCCGUCUCAUCAACCUCAUGGACGGCGUGGGUGGUUACGAGGGCUGGCGCUGGAUCUUCAUCCUUGAGGGUGUCGCGACCGUCAUCGCUGCCUUUGCGUCCUUCUGGUUAAUGCACGACUACCCCGACACCGCAAAGUUCCUUACGCCCGCCGAGCGCAAGGUCCUGGUGGACCGCCUGCGCCUCGACAACGACGGCUGCUCGCACGCGUACAAGAAGCGUUUCAUCCGGGAUGCCAUCCUCGACUGGAAGAGCUGGUUCUUUGGCGUCGCAUUCUUCUCCGCCGUCGUCCCCCUCUACUGCUUCUCCCUCUUCUCGCCUACCAUCAUCAACCAACUCGGCUACACGGCCGGCAAGGCGCAGCUCAUGUCCGUGCCGCCCUAUGUCGCGGCGUCGUUCAUGACCGUCUUUAUGGGUUGGCUUUCGGACCGUCUCAAAGUGCGUUCGCCCUUUAUCGUGUGUCUCGGUAUCGUUGGUGCAAUCGGGUAUGGUCUCCUCCUGGCAAACAUCUCCACCGGCGUCUCCUACUUUGCCCUCUUCUUCGCCGCGUGUGGCAUCUACCCAGCCUUCCCGAUCCUCGUCGCGUGGGGCUCGAACAACUUUGGUGGUUCUCUCAAGAAGAGCGUCGCGACCGGCAUCCUCAUUUGCAGUGGUAACUCUGGCGGUGUUGUCUCCUCAUUCCUCUUUCCCAAGGAGCACCAGCCGCGCUUCAUGAUGGGCCACGGCGUUUGCGUCGGGUUCUCAUGCCUCCUCUCCCUCUGCGGCGUCUUCUGGUGGACCUACGCCACUUACGCCAACAACAAGAAGACUGAGCGCAACGCCGCCCGUGGGCGCGAGUGGACCGCGGAGGAGAAGCUCGAGCUCGAGGACGAGGGCGACCACGUCGACUGGUUCUUCUACACUCGAUAG